GGCGGGAAGCGGGGGCGGAGGUAUCCGUCUGGCCGCAGCACCCCCGCGGUCCGCAGGAGCCGCUGCCGGCGCUGAGUGACUCGCAGGAGACUCCCCCUGGGGCGUGCUUGGAGCUCCCCUGUAUGGAGCAGACUUCCCCUGCCCCUCGCUGAGGCGGCUCCGGCUCGCAGCCCCCCGCCCUCCUGCUUCUCUUCACGCCCUGCGCUCCUUUGAUAAUAGCUUCAUACGGGUUCAGAUAUCCCUGGAGGAAAAUCUGCUUAGUUGCUUUUGUGGUUCCCUUUGCUCUUUUGAAGUCACUGGAGCAUCAUUGUCCCUGGUACACCUGGUGUAGGAAAAACCACACUGGGCAAGGAGCUUGCCGCAAGAGCAGGGCUGAUGUACAUCAAUGUGGGGGACCUGGCAAAAGAAGGGGAAUUAUAUGACGGUUUUGAUGAGGAAUAUGAAUGUCCAAUUCUGGAUGAAGACCGGGUAAUUGACGAGCUGGAAGACAAAAUGAGUGAAGGUGGAAUUAUUGUUGAUUAUCAUGGCUGUGACUUCUUCCCAGAACGGUGGUUUCAUAUAGUAUUUGUACUUCGUACUGAAAAUUCGUUUCUAUAUGACAGGCUUGAAAGCAGAGGGUACAAAGGGAAAAAACUACAAGACAACAUUCAAUGUGAAAUUUUUCAGACGAUUUAUGAAGAAGCCAUGUUAUCUUACAAAGAAGAGAUUGUACACCAGUUGCCCAGCAAUACACCAGAGGACCUAGAGCGGAAUUUAGAUCAAAUUACACAGUGGAUCGAGCAGUGGAUGAAAGACAACAACUAAAACUUGAGGAGAAAAUAACUUAAGAUAUUUCGUGGAUCUUCUGCCCAUUCAAUAAAUGACAUUCAUAAUU